CAAGAAGCCUGCACAGACAGAAGGAGGUGUUAAUGCUCAUGCCUGCCUACUCCACAAUAAAAAGAGAACGUGCAAAGGAGACAUAACGAGGAAUUGCAUUAAACAUGGGUGUGAUCAGUGGAAGGUCUUUAUACAGAUGGACAAUUGAUUGCAUAUUGUUCUUCACUAUCACUAGCUGCGGGCUCUGGCUUCAUGUGGAUACUUGGACUUACCAUGCUGGUCAAUCAGACUUGUCAUGGGAAAAGGCAAGGGAGUUUUGCAAAACCUACUAUACUGACUUGGUGGCAAUCCAAAAUAAAGAAGAAAUUGCCCAUCUCAAUGCCAACUUCAACUUCGUUCCAUCAUACUACUGGAUUGGGAUCAGGAAGAUUAACAAUGUUUGGACUUGGGUUGGAACCAACAAAACCCUGACGAAGGAGGCAGAGAACUGGGCGAAGAAGGAGCCCAACAACAGGCGUUCUGAUGAGGACUGUGUUGAGAUUUACAUUAAGAGGCCCAUUGAGUCUGGCAAGUGGAAUGAUGAGCGCUGUAGUAGAAAAAAGCGAGCCCUCUGCUACCAAGCUUCUUGUCAGUCUUUCUCCUGCAGCCAGCGUGGCGACUGUGUGGAGACCAUUGGAAAUUACACCUGCCAGUGUUAUCCUGGCUUCUUUGGGCCUGAGUGUGAAUAUGUUGUAAAAUGCAGGGACCUUGAUGCUGUCCAGAGACCACUGCUCAUGAACUGCAGUCAUCCACUGGAGAACUUCAGUUACAGCUCCCAAUGUGUUUUCAGUUGCGAUGAAGAAGGGUUUGAAAUGAGUGGCCGAGACUCUUUGCAGUGCUUGUCUUCUGGGAAUUGGUCAGCAGAAAUGCCACAGUGUGUAGUCAAGCAAUGUCAGGAAAUUGCGUCACCCACAAGUGGAACAAUGGACUGUAUAAACCCAAUUGCUGCCUUUGGUUACAACUCUACUUGCAAUUUUGCAUGUGAAGCUGGCUUUCAGCUCAGUGGCUCCAAGACAUUGCAUUGCAACAUAUCUGGCCAGUGGACUGCCCAUGUGCCUAUUUGCCACGCUGUUCAGUGCCAAUCCUUAGGGGUCCCUGCUCAUGGAAACUUUACCUGUGUCCAUCUCCAUGGAGAAUUUCAGUACCAAUCUAGCUGCACCUUCCUCUGCCAGAAAGGGUUUCGGUUAAUAGGAGAAGCAGUAACUCAGUGCACAGCCUCUAGAGAAUGGACAUCUCCAACCCCAGUUUGCCAAGCCAUGCAGUGCCACACUCUGCAGAGCCCCAACAAAGGGAGGAUGAACUGCUCUCAUCUGUAUGAAGAGUUUGCUUACCAAUCCACCUGUGAGUUUGCUUGUGAGCCUGGUUUUGUCUUGGCUGGAACAAAUGCAACACAUUGCUUAGCCUCUGGAAACUGGAGUGCUCCGUUACCAACAUGUCAGGUUAUUGAAUGCCCAAAGUUGGAUGCCCCUGAGAAUGGAGGAUUGAACUGCUCUCACCCUCAUGGAGACUUUGCGUACAGCUCCAGCUGCACCUUCUCCUGCGAUACGGGGUUUGUGCGCGCCGGAAAGGAAAAGCUUCAGUGCAUGGCCCUGGGAAUGUGGACGGAGAAACCACCCUCCUGUGAAGCCAUGCAGUGCCACACUCUGCAGAGCCCCAACCAAGGGAGGAUGAACUGCUCUCAUCCGUUUGAAGAGUUUGCUUACCAAUCCACCUGUGAGUUUGCCUGUGAGCCUGGUUUUGUCUUGGCUGGAACAAAUGCAACACAUUGCUUAGCCUCUGGAAACUGGAGUGCUCCGUUACCAACAUGUCAGGUUAUUGAAUGCCCAAAAUUGGAUGCCCCUGAGAAUGGAGGAUUGAACUGCUCUCACCCUCAUGGAGACUUUGCGUACAGCUCCAGCUGCACCUUCUCCUGCAAUACGGGGUUUGUGCGCGCCGGAAAGGAAAAGCUUCAGUGCAUGGCCCUGGGAAUGUGGACGGAGAAACCGCCCUCCUGUGAAGCUGUCAAGUGCUCACGUCUACACAAGCCAGACAAUGGCUAUGUUACCUGUUCUCAUCCUCGUGGAGAGUUUGCAUAUGGAUCCAGCUGCGACUUCUUCUGCAAUCCUGGUUUUCAGCUUGAGGGCUUGAAGACGCUUGAGUGCAUGGCCCUUGGAAACUGGACUGAACAACCAGCAUAUUGUAAAGCUGUCCAGUGUCCAACCCUGGAAACUCCAGACAAUGGCAAGGAAAAUUGCUCCCACCCACAUGGACACUUUGCCUACAAUUCCAGCUGCAUCUUCUCCUGCAACUCUGGUUUUGAGCUAGCUGGAUCAGAAAAGAUUGUGUGCACAGAUCAAGGAAACUGGACAGAGGAUAUACCUAUCUGUGAAGCUACCAAAUGCCCAGUGCUGGAUACUCUGAUGAAUGGAUGGUUAAACUGCUCUCAUCCUCUUGGAAACUUCACGUAUAACUCGAGCUGCAUCUUCUUUUGUGACAUGGGUUUUGUAAGAGUUGGAUCUGAGCUGCGUAAUUGUAUGGCCUUGGGAGAGUGGACAGGAACAGCACCAUCCUGUGAAGCCAUGAAGUGUCCCCAGCUGGGGGUCCUGGAGCAUAUGGAGAUGAACUGCUCCCAUCCUUGGAGCCUCUUCAGCUAUCAGUCAGCUUGUCACUUCCACUGUGCUGAGGGGUUUAUCCUAAAUGGAACGAGCAGGAUGCAGUGCCAACCUGAUGGCCGCUGGUCUGCUGAGCUGCCUGUCUGUCAAGAAAAUGUUGCCGUUGUUCUCAAGCAGUCUCUACUUUAUACUGGAGGAGUUGCAGCGUCAGUUGUUGCCCUGGUGCUCUCUGGGGCUCUAAUAGCUAUGGCAAUCAGACGUUUCACCAAAAGAGAGAAAAGAAAGAGGCUUCUGAACUCUGACAGUGAUUUGGGGACAACUGGUGUAUUCUCCAAUGCAGGAUUUGACUCCUAAUCCUAAAGAAAGCCAGCAGGUGUAUUGGUUUCAGUUCAUAUGGCCAUGGGAGAAAAGUGCCAACAGAAUGGAAUUUUCCUGCACCUUCGUUCAUUUCUGCUGCCACAGUUAGUGAAGAGUCUGUUCGAUAAAUCCAUGCUGGAGCAUCUAAUUUUGUUCUAAUAUCCUAUGCUGAGUUUCCAUUUACCAACCAGUUGUAGCACUAGCAUUUAAAGGAUCUCAAACCUUCUCAUCAUUCAUUGUCAUGUUCCUGCCAGCUAAGAUCAUAUUCUUCAAGGAUCCACAUUCUCCCUAUGCUGCCAGACUCCAAUCACUUUGCAACAUUAGGAGCCUUCACUGCCAAAAGAUCUUGUAAGAAUGCUACUGCUGAGAAACGUUUUCAACACUUGUUGUAAAAGACUGCUUUUAUGGAAAGAGUGAUUCCUACUGCUCCAUCCAGACACCAUCUGCCAUCUGUAAUCUGCUUUUAAAAAACUAAGCCUGGAUUCACUAUUCCUCAGAUGACCAGGGCACUUUCCAGACUAGCCAUUCAAAAGUGGCAAAAUGCCCCGUUCAGGCAAAUCACUUUCAAAACGUAAAACCUGAAGGGGGAGCAGUCUCGCAAAAACUAACAACUUGACUUUGUAGCACUAAGUCACAGUGAUUAAAUUCGAAACAAGGCAUCCAACAUAUGAAUGGCACCCUGGUGCUUUCAUUGGGACUGCGGUGUCAUGACACAGGAAGUGUGGAAGCACACUUCAGAGAUGUGUCAUGACCCAGUUGCAGGGUCUAGUCUGGAAAGCACCCAGAUCACCUAACACAUACAGAUCUCAGAUCUGGUUACUACUGCAUCUUGCCUUUAUCAUGCUGUGAUAUCUCCAGACUCGGAAAUGUUAAUACAGGUGGUCCUUGUUAUUUUGUUGGUGUUCCAUUCUCGCUUAUAGGCGCAAAUAUGGAACUGUGAAUAGUGAAACCCAUGGGAAUCUAGGUGUUAGGUUCCUACACACAUACAAAGUGCUAAAAAUCAGGGAGAGGGGAGCAUAAGAGAAAUAAAUUACUCUGCCUUGCUCUCCAAGUCUCCAGCUCUCCAGCUUCUCCCAAAGCCCCAAUUCCUCCAAUUUUAGCAAAAUGUGUAGAUUUUUUUUUU